AUGCAGUUCGGCUCACUUGCUACCCUUCUCGCGGUCUUCGCGGCUGCUACUACCGCCAUGCCUGGUGUCUACCACAACGCCGAACGAGGGACGCAGAUGGCACGCGAUAUGCCGACUGCGCCUGAUGGCUAUUUCCAUGUUCGCGGCAACCUUCUCCAGAGCAUUGGCGGCGACGGCCAGAUUCUUGCCGAGAGAGAGAUCGACGCCAGAGACGCGGAAGAUCUGAUAAAGACCGCAGAAGCAAAGAAAGCAAAACGCGAGCUGGGGAUGUUGCCUGCCACUACUCCAUUCAAGCGCGAGGCAUGCUCCCUUAAUCAAUGUUCUGAUAAUGCCGACUGCUAUCAAUGGACCGAUGAUUCUUUCCUGCGGUGUACGUCGGGCCAGCCUCGCGAGUGCGAUGGGCGGGCGGCGCAAGAACCAAGAUGGUGGCAGUUCUGGAAAUCUAGCGAGGGCGAACCAGAGCCAGGGCCCGAGCCUACCGACAUUGGCAAGCCGCCGGAUUCAUGGCUCGACACAGACAUCCAGACCGGUCUAAGCAGCGCCCAGGUGGAGGAGCAUCGGAGACGAUACAACUGGAACGAGCUGGUGGCUGAAAAGGAAAACAUGUUCGCCAAGGUGCUCAGUUACUUCCAAGGACCCAUCCUUUAUGUUAUGGAACUUGCGGCUUUACUAGCCGUGGGCCUUGGCGACUGGAUUGACUUUGGCGUCAUCAUCGGCAUUCUCUGCCUUAACGCUUUCGUUGGCUUUUAUCAGGAAAAACAAGCGGCUGACGUGGUGGCGAGCUUGAAGGGCGACAUUGCCAUGAAAGCGACUGUUAUACGUGACGGCAAGGAUCAAGAGAUGAAUAACGAAGAAGACGACGAUGAAUCGAUUCACUACGGCGAGCUCCUCGUCGCCUGCGAUCAGUCAGCCAUUACCGGCGAAUCCCUCGCCGUCGACAAAUACAUGGGCGAUAUCUUGUACUAUACAACCGGAUGCAAGCGAGGAAAAGCAUUUGCUAUCAUGACCACGUCUGCCAAGUACUCAUUUGUCGGACGGACCGCAGCUCUAGUCCAAGGAGCCAAAGACCAAGGCCACUUCAAGGCUGUCAUGGACAGCAUUGGAACGUCGCUAUUGGUGCUUGUUAUGUUUUGGAUCCUCGUCGCCUGGAUCGGGGGCUUCCUCCACCACCUACAAAUUGCCACGCCCGAUAUCCAAAAUCUAUUGCAUUACACCUUGGUGCUGCUCAUCAUUGGAGUCCCCGUCGGUCUUCCAGUGGUCACGACAACAACGCUUGCGGGUGUAAACGUGCUCUGCUCCGACAAGACCGGCACCUUGACAGCCAACAAGCUCAGCAUUCGCGAGCCGUUCGUCGCCGAAGGACAAGAUGUGAACUGGAUGAUGGCCGCCGCAGCGCUAGCGAGCUCGCACAACAUCGCCUCGCUCGACCCCAUCGACAAGGUAACAAUCACGACGCUCAAGCGCUACCCCAAAGCCCGCGAGAUCCUGCGCGAGGGCUGGGUAACAGACAAACUCACGCCCUUCGACCCGGUCUCCAAGCGCAUCACCACCGAGUGCCGCCUCGGCAACGACCGGUUCGUCUGCGCCAAGGGGGGGCCCCGCACCAUCGUCACCAUCGCCGACGUCAGCGACGAGGUGUGCGCCAUGUACAACCAGAAAGCGCGCGAGUUCGCCGCGCGGGGCUUCAGGUCGCUGGGCGUCGCGUGCAAGAUGCUGAGGCUCGGCACCAAGGUGUAUAACUCGGAGAAGCUUAUACAUAGCGGCUUGACGGGGACUGUGCAGCAUGAUCUUGUGCAGCGCGCGGAUGGGUUUGCCGAGGUCUUCCCCGAGCACAAGUAUUAG